CAUUGAAACUUUAUAAAAGCAAAAGCAAAAGCAAAUAUGGCUGUCAUGGAUGGAGAACUCAAGAGCUUCACGAAAGUCUCCCUCACAAUCAUGGUGUCUCUAUUAUACUCAUAUUUCAUAUCUUCAAAGCUUCCCAAAGGAAAAUUUAGGCUCAUCUCUCUCUUCCCUACUUUCUCUCUCUUCGCCCUUCUUCCCCUCUCUCUCUCCUCCGUCUUCCUCUCUGGUACCGUCGCCUUCUUCAUCACUUGGCUCACAACCUUCAAACUUCUUCUAUUUUCAUUCAAUUUAGGUCCUCUUGUUUCCGACCCACCAUUGACAUUCCCUCUCUUUGUCACAGUCGCUUGUCUUCCAAUCAAAAUAAAGCCAAGAGAAAUAGACCCAGAUUAUAAAUACCUUGAAAAAUAUGCCAAUCCCAAGUUGGGCCUAAAUUUGCCCGCCAAAAUCUUGCUUUUUGCCAUCUUGAUCGCCGCCGGUGACCACAUUGACCAGUUUCGGCCAAAUGUGAAGAUUUGUGUGUACUGUGUGACGCUAUAUCUCUUCGUCGAAUUUCUUCUUGGAGUGUCGAGUGCUAUUGUUCGAUCGUCAUUCGAUGGUGUUGUGCUUGAACCAUCGUCGAAUGAGCCUUACUUGGCAACAUCUCUCCAAGAUUUUUGGGGUAGGAGGUGGAAUUUGUUGGUGUCGAAUACUUUACGUUAUGGUAUUUACAGGCCAGUUCGAGCAGCAGUGGGUGGUGUAGUGGGGAAGAGGUGGGCGGCAGGAACGGGGGUGAUGGCGGUGUUUGUCGUUUCAGGAGUGAUGCAUGAGCAAUUGGUGUAUUACAUUACUAGAGAAGUGCCAACUUGGGAGGUCACAUGGUUCUUUGUUCUUCAAGGGGUGUGUGUGGUUCUGGAAUUUGAAUUGAAGACGGUUGUAGGACGACGAUGGCAGCCGCCUGCGGCGGUGGCAUGGCUGUUAACGCUGUCGUUUCUGGUGGUCACUGCUUCAUGGCUGUUUUUUCCGCCACUAAUGAGAGCUGGUAUUUUUGCUGGACUUCUUAAGGAAUUGAAGAUGGUGGAACGGUUGGUGUGGAAACUCAUUUUAAGUUUAUUCCAAAAAUACUACAUUAAAAGCGCUUAAGAACUAGUUAGUAACGCUACGAAAAUAGAAGCUUCAACCAUUAAAUGUGCUUUCAAUUAUUUGUUGUGGUGGCAAAUUUAUGUGGGGUUCUACCACACUUAAUUAUUGCUUGUUUGGUAGAGAACUCCAAGUCAAAAACAAAAAAAGAAAAAAGGAAACAAUAAAAUAAGGGAUUAAAUAAAGGGACAUUGUUCACACCAGAUUUUAAAGAGAUAUACUUCCUAAAAUUGAACUUUGAUAUAUUGAUAAAUAUUGUUAAUACAAUCUCUAGUAUUUACUCA